CUAAGGUAUUCCGAAUGCAGCAAAACACAUGAGUUGUAAGUCAACUGUGUUACACAAGCUUUCAGAGGUUAUACAAGGAUGAUCUUCGGAGAGUUGUAAGAUUAAGGAUCCUUACAGGAGGAACUUAUAAGAUAUAACAUUACAAUGGCUGGACGCGGAGACUUGGCCGGGUUCCUUCGUGGUCUGGGACUGAUUCGACAGGCACUGUCAGAGACAAGCGGGAAAGAGCUGCGGCAUGCCUGGGAAAACUCAAGCCUCAAAUCUGCAGCGGAACAAGCAGGCUCAAGUCUUCAAGACAGUCUGGCAAAUGCUAAGGCACCAAAUGUCGUUGACAUAACAAAGAAUGUAGGUAACACUGCAAAACUGAUGUAUUCCCAGGCAACGGCGGCUGCCAAUGUCAUCCAGAAGAAAACCUCGUCUCCAUCCACUGCAUCGUCAAGUGACUUAAACAUGGACUUUGACAAUGACUUUAACAUCUCCAGUCCCCUUAUGGACACUGGUGACAUAUCUAGUCAAUCACCUCAUACAAAUUCAAUGGAAGCUAGCAGCAUGCCAAAUGUUGACAAUACUGUAACAUCACACAGUGCUGAUGCUAUGUCUGUGUCAGGAAAACCUGAAAAAGAAACUGUGUCAGCAUCAAAAGAAAAAACCGAGCCUCAGGGUCUAAACAUUGAUAUGAAAAUACCUUCAGUAACUUCAAAAGGAACAGUGAAGAAUGAUUCAGAUGAUCCAGUGGUCAAGGCAAAAGCUAGACGGGCAAUUAGACCUAAAUCUAGUCUGGACCUUGCCCAGAGGAAGGAGAUUCUCAGCAGCUUUAAGCCAGAGCUGAGUUCCACAUCUCAAGAACGUAAGGUUCCAUCCUCCAGAAUCGGACGAGUCUACACAUUCGGAAAAAUGGCUGGAAGUCUUGGACUAGGUGCAAUGACAGAGUUCACCAAACAGACCCUGGGUUUCAGUGGCAGUGCUGAUAAAGGUGGAAAAAGUGUUGUGUUGAGUGAAGCUAACGUGAACAUGAUUGUGGACACGUUGUGCCGUGUACGUGGCGCAGCCCUUAAACUCGGACAAAUGCUCAGUCUACAAGACGAGUCACUGAUAAGCCCAGAGUUACAGAAAAUCCUGGAGCGUGUCAGGCAGAGUGCCGAUUAUAUGCCGACCUGGCAGAUGGAGAGAGUUUUGAAGACCGAGUUUGGGGCGGACUGGCGCAGCAAGUUGAUGAGCUUCGAUGAUAAGCCAUUCGCAGCAGCCUCAAUAGGACAGGUGCAUCGAGCAGUUACAUUGGACGGCAAAAAUGUCGCCCUUAAAAUACAGUAUCCUGGUGUCGCCCAGAGUAUUGACAGUGACAUCAACAAUCUCAUGUCCAUCCUCAGUGUGUGGAACUUUAUACCAAAAGGUCUUUAUGUUGACAGUGUGAUUCGUGUAGCGAAAAAGGAGUUGGCUUGGGAAGUGGACUACCUCAGAGAGGCCGAGUGUAGCGACAUAUUCAGGGAUCUAUUGAAGGAUGAUCCUGGAUUCUACAUCCCACAGACAUAUCCAGACCUGAUUACAAGUAAUGUGCUCACCACAGAGUACGUGGAGGGGCUGCCAAUGGACAAGUGCCAGGAACUGGACCAGGGAACAAGGGACUGGUUGGGAAUGAAGUUGCUGGAGCUGUGUCUACGAGAGCUGUUUGAGUUCCGCUUCAUGCAGACAGAUCCCAACUGGUCAAACUUCUUCUAUAAUCCGGCCACUGAACAGGUGAUAUUGCUGGAUUUCGGAGCCACACGUGAGUUCAGUACAAAGUUUGUGGACACCUACAUCGGUAUAAUCCGGGCGGCUGCAGACAAUGAUCGACAAGGGGUACUGGAACAUUCACGUACAUGCGGCUUCCUCACUGGAUAUGAGACCAAGGACAUGGAGGAAGCACACGUGGACUCGGUGAUGAUCCUGGGCGAGGCGUUCCACUGUGAAGGACCCUUCGACUUCCAUAAUCAGGACACCACGCGGCGCAUUCACAGCCUGAUUCCCGUGAUGAUGGACCACCGCCUAACGCCACCCCCGGAAGAGACAUACUCCCUCCACCGCAAGAUGGCCGGCGCAUUCUUACUGUGCUCGAAACUAAAGGCAAAUGUUGACUGCCGCGCUCUUUUUGAGCCAAUCUAUGAGAACUACAAGUUUGGUGUAGAUACAAACUUGUUGUCUGGUAAUGGUAAUGGAGAAACUGACCAAGCAAUACCAGCGGAUGGAAAUCUUGCUGUAACAACAUGAUAGUGUUUGAAAAGACUUAGUUUAAUUGUAAGUUAUUAAUAAUAUGCAAUUCAUGGACAACCAUACUGGAACUUGAUAGCAUUUCAAACAGACUAAGUUUCAUAAUAAGUGAUUAGGAAUAUGCAUUCAUUUACAGCCACUUUAAGUAUGGAAAUGUAUAUUUUUUUGUUUUCGAACAGUGAUUUUUUUUGGGAAUUGUUUUCACCACGUGUUCCUUCCAAGUUCGGAAAAAAAUUGACUUUGGGAAAAAUACAAAGUCAUACUAAAAUAGAAAAUAUAAUAGCAAAUAUACAUGUUUUUACUUUUUGUAUGCAUACAUAAGGCUAUAUAAGAGCUAGAUUUACCAAGAUUUUGUUUAUUUUUUAAUAAAUUCAUUGCUUUUUUAUUCAAUCACAGGAUCUGUAUUUAAUUAAUAGGGAAAAUAUCAUGAAUUUUGAGGGAAGAUGAACACUUUUUCGCAAGGGAAAACAGCCUUGAGAAGCCAGUUAAUUGCAAUAAAAACACACUGUCAAAUAGAAAAGAAGUAUACAAAGAAUAACAAUUAUGUCUGCAUUUUUCAGUCGAUGAUGUUUGAAUCUAUUGUAAAGUCAUGGAGUGUAUAGAGACUCAGAAAUAAACCAUAAAAUGGAA